UCUCUCUCUCUCUCUCUCUCUCUCUCGAUGUAGUCGUGUGCGAUUUCUGUUUAUCAAUAGACACACGAUCAAAAAACGCAGUGCGGUCGUGCUUGAUGUCGACGUUGACGAUUGUAUAUAUGUCAAAUCUACGCUGCAAAUUUAUACGUAAUUAACUUCAUAAAUCAGAUAUCAAUUAAUGGUAAUUCACGUAAAAAAUCAUGGCGGGACUAUCAACAUUGAAGGACUCCUCCGCGAUCAUCCCCGCCGAAUCGUGUCUCUUUUUAAAAUGAUCAAUCAUGUGGACUCGAUUAGAUCCGAUUCCUCGAAAUGAGCUCCAAUUUGAUUACCGAUCCGGCAAGGAUCCUCUCCCUAAUCGAGGAACUGUGCGAUCUACCAUAUACGGAGGUGCAACGACGUCUGAACAGAUAUGUGCAGAAUGCAACAAAUGCAAAAUUGGUCUUUCUCAUAUCAAUAUUGAUGGAGUCUGAGGAAAUGAUUAUCCAUGUGAUUGGCGAAGAAAUUUUGGACAGAGAAUUGAGAUUUCUUAUGCCAAAUAAUGUUUUGUAUGAAGCUGUGAUAAAUAAAUCAUCAUCAGUUUUGAGUGUGGCAAAACUUGAUGAAGAAUUAUUGAGAUAUAUUAAUAGAAUAACAGAUGCAACAUCACAGUCCCUCUUAACAAUCCCGAUACAACAUCCUUUUAAACAUUAUACAGUUUUGCUUGUGUGCCUGGUAGAUUAUACGGAUGGAGAUGAAGCUAGACAUGCUUGUACAGAAAUAGUUCAAGAAUGCUUUAGGUUUUGUCUCGGAUAUUUGCUUAGUUCAUUACGUUGCUAUGAAGAAACUCGCAUAAAACAACAAUGUCAAAAUUUAUUAGCUGUUUCUAGGAAACUCUUCACACAUUUAGGAGAUUUCUCUGAUCUCUUGCGUGAGAUUAUGGCAGAAGUCAGAAAAUUAACAAAUGCAGAAAGAUGUUCCUUAUUUCUUUUGGACCCUGAUCAACAGGAUUUAGUUGCAAAAGUAUUUGAUGGCAUUUCCACAAACGAAACUGUAAAUGAAAUGAGAAUUCCUAUUGGGCAAGGUAUAGCUGGUCAUGUUGCAACUACUGGUAAAUUACUUAAUAUCCGAGACGCCUACAAUCAUCCCCUUUUUUAUCGUGGUAUUGAUGAGGCAACAGGUUUUAAGACUAGAAACAUCUUGUGCUUUCCAAUACGGGAUGAGAAAGGGAUUGUUGGAGUGGCUCAACUUUGUAAUAAAAUAAACGGCUUAUAUUUUGAUGCCUUUGAUGAACAGAUCGCGACGGCGUUUAGCAUUUAUUGUGGUAUAUCUAUAAUGCAUAGUAUUGUUUAUAAAAAGAUGCAAGAUGCUCAAGCUCGAAAUAAGCUUAGCAACGAAAUAAUGAUGUAUCACAUGAAGGUAGAAGAAUCUGCUGUGCAAGCAUUGUUGAAUUGCAGAGAUGAUCACAAUAUUAAAGAUUUUAAUAAAUUCCACUUUAGUCCAAGGAGUGUACCUUACAAACAUAUGCCUUGCUACACCAUUAAAAUGUUCACAGAUUUAUCUUUCCUUAAGUAUUGGAGAAUUAAAAUGUCGACACUUGCAAGAUUUAUAUUAUAUGUUAAGAAAGGCUACAGAGAUGCGCCUUAUCAUAAUUGGACACACGCAUUUUCUGUGGCACAUUUUGCAUAUUUAUUAAUAAAAAAUAUGCAACUUAUUGAGGAAAAUUAUAUGACACCUUUACAAGCUUUGGUGUUUCUUGUAUCAUGCUUGUGUCAUGAUAUAGAUCAUAGAGGAACUAAUAACUCAUUUCAAACUUUGUGUGGUACUGUAUUAGCGAGUCUUUAUAGCUCAGAAGGAUCUGUUAUGGAGAGACAUCAUCUAGCUCAAACAAUGUGUAUUUUAAACACUGAAGGCUGCAAUAUAUUUGAAAGUUUGGAUAGUGAUGAUUAUAGCAAAGCUUUGGAUUUGUUAAGGAGCAAUAUACUUGCAACUGAUUUAGCUUCUCAUUUUCGGAGCAUAAAUAAGCAAGAGAAAAUGAUAUGCAAUAAAUAUAACAAAGAUGACGCAAAACAACAAAAGUUGUUAUUUGAAAUGCUUAUGACUUGUUGUGAUCUUAGCGAUCAAACCAAAGAUUGGAAAGUUUCAAAGAAAACAGCAGAACAGAUAUUUGAUGAAUUCUUUUCACAAGGAGAUCUAGAAAAGAGUAUGGGCAAUGCGCCUGUAGAAAUGAUGGAUAGAGAACGUGCGUCCAUUCCUGAUCUCCAAAUACAAUUCAUUACUAAUCUAGUCAUUCCUCUUUUUACUAAUUUGUCAUUAUUAUUCCCAUCGGCACAACCAUUGGUCCAUAUAUUAGAACACAACCGUUCACUAUGGGAAGUGGCUAAGACUGUAUUUCAUAAAUACUCCAUGUCUGGAACAAAAGGAAUAGACAUUUUGCUUGAUCCCAACUUUGAAGAUGAGGUACUUAAAACAUUUGCUCAAGGAAGUUCCAUGAAAAAUUCUGAUAAAUGCGGAGGAAGCAAAGAGUGACACAUAAAAUAAUAUUUGAGAGAAAGAAAGAGAGAGAAAAGAGUUAAUAACAUUCAACUUCAAAUUUUACUGUAAAUUUUAAUGUAAG